GCAGGGUGGGGCCCUCCGCGGCCCCCGGAGGGAAGCUGAGGGACGGCCGCGCUCUGAGUCAAGGGCCGCCGUCGCUCGAGCUCCGGAGCGAAAUGGUCGCCCGGGCCCAGGCCCAGGUCCAGGUCCAGGCCGCGGGGCCGCCGCGUGUCCCGUGAAGGGUCGGGCCGGGCCGGGCGGGAGCCACGCGGGGGAGAAGCAGCAGCAGCUGGGGUGCCGGCGAGCAGGAGACGGAGACACCUGUGGCCUCCCACCCCCGACGACGGCCCCUCUCCGGUCUGCAAUCCAGGCCAAUGUGCAAUACCAACAUGUCUGUGUCUACUGACGGUGCUGUAAGCACCUCACAGAUUCCAGCUUCGGAACAAGAGACUCUGGUGAGACCGAAACCAUUGCUUUUGAAGUUGUUACAGUCUGUCGGUGCCCAAAAGGAUAUUUAUACUAUGAAAGAGAUUAUAUUUUAUCUUGGCCAGUAUAUUAUGACUAAACGAUUAUAUGAUGAGAAGCAGCAACAUAUUGUGUAUUGUUCAAAUGAUCUUCUAGGAGAUUUGUUUGGAGUGCCGAGCUUCUCUGUGAAAGAGCACAGGAAAAUAUAUACAAUGAUCUACAGAAACUUGGUGGUUGUAAGUCAGCAAGAGCCUGCAGACUCCGGCACAUCCAUGAGUGAGAGCAGGUGUCAACCUGAAGGUGGCAGUGAUCGGAAGGACCCUGUGCAGGAGCCACCAGAAGAGAAGCCUUCCUCUUCAGAUCCAGUUUCCAGACCGUCUACCUCAUCCAGAAGGAGAGCAGUUAGUGAGACAGAAGAAAACGCAGAUGAACUACCUGGUGAGCGACAGAGGAAGCGCCACAGGUCCCUCUCCUUUGAUGAAAGCCUGGCUCUGUGUGUGUUACGGGAGAUAUGCUGUGAAAGAAGCAGCAGCAGUGAGUCCACAGAGACCCCCUCAAACCAGGACCUUGAUGAUGGUGUAAGUGAACAUUCAGGUGAUUGGUUGGAUCAGGAUUCGGGUUCCGAUCAAUUUAGUGUAGAAUUUGAAGUUGAGUCUCUUGACUCAGAAGAUUACAGCCUGAGUGAAGAAGGGCAUGAGCUCUCAGAUGAGGAUGAUGAGGGCCAUGUAUAG